AUGCCCUUUCCUUUUAACAGAGAUGCCUCGGUUCUUAAAGAUCUUCCGGCGACCUUCUUCGAAAGCUCCACGUGCCUGGGCAACCCUGUGGGAAAUCUCCGGUCCGAUGCAUCCAAGAGGACCGAAAUAGACCCAUCUCCUUGGUCGGAAGAGAACAGUGCCCUCUUGACAGCGCGAGAGUGCGCCCCUCUGACAGAGGUGAAGGAGUGGCGGGAGGAGGCCGAGUCCCAGCGGACCGCCUCGAGCGCCCAGCCGAAGGAGGCGGACGACCUGCGCGCGGCCCUGGAUGUGUCGAAAGCGAAGAUUCGCGAGCUGGAGAUGGACUUGUACCAGCAGCGCGCGAAGGCCGAGGAUGCAGACAGGGCCUGCAGAGCACAGCGCCUUGAAGCCGACAAGCAGCGCAUCAGCGCUGAAACAUGCUGGAAGGCGUAUCACGAGAAGAAGCAGGAGCUGGAGACGGAGAUCCGAAACCGGUGGCCCAAGCCGGAGGCCCUGGAGGCGAAAUGUAGCGACCUCGAGGAGACGAUUCUCCGCUUGCAGAAGACCCACUGCCAGGAACUCGAGAAGUCCUCUAAAGUUGCGGACGACCGCGUGGCAGGCCUGCAGAAAGAGCUUCGAUGUUCGCGCGAAGAGCGGAAUGAGGCGAAGCUACAGUUGGAGCUGGAAGAGCGUCGAUGGAAGCUCGUCCUGGCAGUUCUGCAACAGGAUGAGGGCCUCCCCAGCGACGCGGAGGUGGAUGCCACCCGAGCGACAGAUGUCGGAUACCAGCUGAGCGCGGUUUCGGCACAGCUCCAGGGCCUCCGCGCUAGAAAAGCCGAGGCCGAGGCCGCUUCGCGCGAGCUCAAGGCGAUGUCCGAAGCUCUUCAGGUAACACUGGAGGAGGCGCGGGAGAAGUCGGCGAUGCUGGCGGAAGAGCUGCGCGCGUCGCAAGAGGCCUGCGCAGCACUCCAGGAGCAGCUGCAGGAGUCCCAGCAGGCCACGAGCAGCUGCGCUGCGGCAAAGGCAAAAGUGGAGAGCGAGUUAGAGGAGACCCAGGGAGCUUGUGCCCAGCUCACCACGGAGCAUCAGGAGCCACGGGCAACGACCUAUGGCAGGUUGCUUUCCACCAUCGAGCUUGAUGAGUACACCAUCAAGGAGGUUCAGAAUGGCUGGGAGACGGUCGAAAAACGGCUGGGAGGUGCAAAAGCUGCUGGCGAGGAAGUAUUUGGUAAGCUGAAGAAUGAAGUGCCGAAGACACAAGGCAUGCUUACCAGAUCGAGCACUGUUUGGCACCUCCUCUCCGAGUUGAUGCAAUCUCUCAAUGAGCCGAAGUUGGUGCAGAAACGUCUGGAGUACAUCGCCUUGCGCCACAUGAAUGCGGAUAUCACCACCGCCGAUGUCGAGGUGUUCCGCAACAUUUUGUUUGAAGCUGCUUGGCCGCUGUUGAUCUGUGGUCUCGGUUUUCGUUUUUUGGCAGCGCGGGGGUUCGUCGGUGUGCAGAUUCGGGACUUUGUGGAGGGGAUGAGUCGACCUGUGCGUAAGAGGGCAGAGCAGGAGGCGGCGGAAAAUGUGUCUAUCCCGGCGAGUUCUGACGACGAGGGCCUCCGUAGUCCAAAAGCGGCCAGGGGAGGCGGCGAGGACCAUCCGGUCACGCUGUCUGAAUUGCGGAGCAUUAUGUUGGAGCAGACUCGUCAGCUGCAGCACAGCAACGAAACUUCUAUGGACAAAGCUGUCAAGCGGAUGGAAAAGCAUCUAGAAACCAAGCUGGGCGACUUUGAGGAACGAGUGACGGGCAUCGAUGACAGGGUUGGUGCUCUGGAGAAACAGAUAGAGGAGCUGCUGAAGCAGGGGGCUAAGGCUCCUCAGUACCAGGGGCUGGGGCAGGAUGACUCUGCCAGGCGAGCCAGAACAUUGGUCUAUGGCGGGUGGCCUCGGGACACCAGGCGUAAAGUCAUCCUGGAUGAUCUCAAGGGCUUCCUCGAACAGCUUAAGGUACACGAUCUGAUUGACUCGGAGCCCUUCACCACGGGGGCCAGACGGUCGAUGGCGAUGAGUGGCUUUUCCCAACGUCCUGGUGAGUCCUUCUCCGACAUGAGAUCUCGGAUGCAUAAAGUCGUGGUUGCAUUCUCCCAGGGUGGCCUCCGGACCAAUGCAGGGAAAGCUUGGGCGAGCUAUUCAAAAACCCGAGCGGAACGGCUCAAGAGCUCACAUGCAGGUUGGGUGAAAAAGGCCGUGGCACAGCUGAAGGAGGAUUGCGUCCAGACUCUGGAGGUUGAGUGGCAGUCAGGUUCGGUGUGGUAUGAGGAUUUCCUUCUUGCUAGUGCUGAUCUCCCGGUACCACCAGGUACAGAUAUGAGGGGUAUACUUGUGCGUGAAGAUGUUGAAGGGCAACCAUGGGUAUCCACGAAGCUGAUUGCACAGGUCCUGAAGGUGAAGGAAAGGGACCGUGACAACAAGCUCAGGGUCCUCGGCUGGAACCUUGGUGGUGUGGAGGUCCAAGACCUUUCACAAGCACUGGACGAUGCGGCUCCGUCGCAGUUGGAAAAAGGCUCCAUUGUGCUCUAUCAGGAGGCUGCCAGAGGGGAUGCAGGGUGGACUGUGGAUGCACAGAAGCAGUGGACAUUGGUGACUCAUCGGCACUCGCAUGCAUGGAGGGGGUGUGGGAUUAUGUACCAGUCGAGCUCAUGGUGCUUGCUUCGCCGAGUUUUCACAACGCGUGGGGUCUGGUUCAAAAUCAGGGCGAAGGACGACUCGGAGACGUUGUGGGUUGGGACGUGUCACUUCACUCCAGGAUGUACCUUUGCCCAGUUUGAGGAAGAGGCCGAGGAUCAUUUUCGAGGGCUCCCAAAGAACGCGGUAAAAGUCGUCUUUCAAGGGGAUGUCAACACGCCUUUCGGGUGGACUAGGGAUGGUGCUGAGCUUACUCCUGUUGCAAGGGAGGGAAAGGGAGGCGUCCCCCUCAAGAUCCUGCAGGAGCGAGGGAUGACCCUGGUGGCACCUCAUCCCUGCCAGUUUGGGACCCCUACCUCGAGGCCUCGGCAGGAAGGUCGUGCUGGGCAACAAAUUGAUGUUAUGGCACGCAAGGGUUUGCACACUGGGGCACUUCACAUCCAUGUUGACUCGUACAUGAAGGUUGGCACGGACCAUGAACUGCUACAGUCCAAUUUUGCUUCUUCAUGGUCGGGGUUCAAACCGAGGAGGCAAACAAGGUCGCGAGUCCUUUCGAAGCCCAUUGGGGUCCUGGAAUGGGUUGAUCAAUCUGUUCUUGGGGAGCUUGCGGUAUCCCACACCAAGCCGAAACCUAGCCAAUCGUACAGGGACCCGGACUCGGUCAAGCUUCUCUUUCGAAAGGCGCGUCUUAGUGGCACGUCAGCGGCAUGGAAGGAGGCCCUCAAGUCGAGAAAGCUCGCCAGGAAGGCUUGGGAAACGGACAGGGUUCACAGGGCUACGAUGGGGGACUGGGAGAGCCUCAGGGAGAUCAAAGGGUUUGCUGGUCAAGGCUGGGAUGUUGAAUUUGCCCUGCACCAACAAGGGGAUCCACAUGAGGUCAUUCACAAUCACUUCCAGGGUGUCUACCAGGGCUCUAGGGUGCAGGAGGUGGUGGAGUCGCCCCCCGGUGAUGUUCGAGCCUUUGACUUGGAUGAGCUGUGGGCUGGACUUCGUCAACUCAAGGGUCAAAAAGCAGUUGGAUGUGAUCUUACGUCGAAGGAGCUGCUCCAGGGUAUAUGUAUGGCGGAAGGUGGCGCAGCUCAGGUUCUUGAGUUUUACAACCGUGUGCUUGCUACUGCCGUCAUACCGCCUGAAUGGAACAAGCCACUGCUGGUGAUGCUUCCUAAGAUUGCUCAGCCUCGUGUCCCCAAACAUUUGCGGCCUAUUGCGCUCGGUUCCUCUGUUGGAAAACUAUUUAGCAGGCUCCUACUGAAUCGAUGCCUUGAACGGAUACGUCUUCAACAUCCCCCACAAUGUGCCGGUGUUCAUAGACAGACGAAUGACUACACCUUUACCCUCAUUCGUUUGUUUGAAUUGGAACGAGAAUGGCAGGGUGGGAUGGCAGCCAUCAAGGUUGACGUCAGUCGUGCCUUUGAUGAUGUCGACAGGGAUGUCCUGCUUGCUAAGCUGGAGGCUAAGCUAGGCCCGGGGGCAGAAAUGCAAUGUUGGAAGGGUUUGCUGGCCAACAAUGAGGCGAUGAUCUGCACCCCUUUUGGUGAGUCAGUCAUUGGCAUGUCAAAGGGAAUAAAGCAAGGGGGGGUCGAGUCUCCGGCUUUCUACGGGAUGCUCAUGGAACUUGCAGCUCAUGAAGCAGAACAGGAGUUUGGUUGGGCGAAGCGCGCUCGCCUCUACCCGGAUUUGUCAUGCCCUGACACGGCUAUGUUUAUGGAUGAUGGGGUUCUGUGGUCCAGAGGGUCGCUCGCACUCCAAAAAAGGGUCGCUGAAUUUGCACAGGUCCUCCUCAGGUAUGGCCUCAAGGUGAACAUUGCGAAAUGCCAGUUGUAUUGUGCCCCUAAGUGCCCAGGACCUCGCCAAAUCAGGGUCGAAGGGACGGUGCUGCAUGCUGACACACACCUCGAAGUCAUGGGGCUCACUCUAUCUGUGGGCCAAUCGAUCUGCAGUUUAAUCUCCCCGUUGAUGACGAGAUGUCGGGCAAAGUUUUGGGAGGUCCGGCAUGUACUGCGAUCCAAUGGCCCACUUCAUGCUCGAGUUCGGCUCAUGCAACGAAUUGUCGGGGCCUCUGCACUUUGGUGUAUUGCCUCGGUUCCACCUGAUAAGGCUGCUAUGACUAUGGCUAACUCGGUUCAACUUCAGCUGAUGGUCUGGUUGUUGAAGUUGGGGAAGCGUGCCACAGAAUCAUGGGUGCAGUUUCGGCAAAGGGCCUUCAGAUCCGCACGAGCAGUUCUCAACAAUGCAGGGUGUGAGCGGUGGUCCACCUUGUGGUUACGUCGUUACUGGCAAUUUGCUGGUCAUCGUGCAAGGGCUCUCGCACUUCCUUCGCCUGUUGUCAGUGCUCAUUUCGAAUCCUUUCGUCCUCUUUCAUGGUGGCAGGUCGAGAAGUACAAACCGAAUGGGGUCAAACACCAUGGGAAGCACUUUGCCCGUCUUACCCUCCUUGAACAAAGCCUUGACAGUGCAGCAGGGGGGUCGUGGCGUGGUAUUGCAAUGGACAGGGUUCAGUGGCAAGCCAGGGAAAGGGUUUGGAUUGAGAACAUGGACUUGCCGUUGCUGCCUGACCGCUUGAGCGCUCGAGUUAGUGGCACACCUCACGACUCACGACCUCUUGCUCGUUUUGCCGCAAUGGGCGGCCUCUUCAUAUGGAUUUGCCUACGCAUGUGCCUAAUACAGGCACUCCAUGGUUCCACCCAUGAUGGCUGGGGCCAGGCAUCUACUGAAGUUUUCUCUUUUGGUUUUGAUGGUUUGGAGGGUUUCCCUCGCACGAUGGCGCUGCUGCGGCUGCCGCCUCGUCCUCGUCUACAGGUACCUGCUUCACCCCUUUAUGAUCCCGAUCGGCGGCUCGUGUACCUCCUCUCCUUCCUCAAGGGUGAGGCUUCUGAACUACUGCAUGGUGACGAAUCGGAUGCUUCUUCUUUCAUGCAGGGGACCGCGUCCGCAAAGAGCCAGGCCAAGGGGUGGUUCACAAAGGCAAAGGAGGACUUCGCUACCUUCCACGCUCAGGGUCUCCACCGUUGUGCUGCACUGCAUCUCCGCGAUCUUCUUCGUGAAGCACACCCGGCGAUAUGUCGUCGAGCUCGUGAAUACUUGCCUCUCCUGCUGGGGGACUCCUCAAAUCAAGGGGCACGCGAUGCCUCUGACCCUGAACGACUUCAGUGUCAGGCAUGGGCACAACAAGUAUUGGACGACCUGACCUCCUUGGUACCACCCCGAAAACUCCGUGAACCUGCCCCUGCCUCCUCUUCGGCUUCUGCUGGUGAAUACCCGUAUGGACUUUUCCACGCGAUCCAAGUGUGGCCCAAUGGCUCCUACUCGGUCCCCUCUGUUGGGACUGGAUCUGGUGGUGGUGGUGCCUCCACACACUCCAGUGGCAGAGAGGUGCCCACGGAUGAGGAAACUGACGAAGCGGGGCUCCUCUCCCUCACCUUGGUGACCACCUUCCUCCCACUGCGGACCACUGCUUUCGAUGAGCUUUUUGAUGGACGCCAGUUACCGGACUGGUUCCUGGACCAAGUGGAUGUUCUUGAAGCACUUGCAAACCGAGGAGCGCGUGCAACCGAUAUGGCCCUCUACCUUGAAGACGUCUUCCUCGCCUCUGAGGAUGAUCGGAUGAUCAACGCCCUCGCGCCUUAUGUGAAUGCUAUGCGAUAUCGAAUGGAGACCUACGUCCCACACGCAAACGCCAUGACGAGAGCAGAAGGGGUCCCUUCUAUUCUGGAAUGGAGUGAGGCUGUGAUUGGAAUCUUCCGCUUCAUGAAGGAGAGGUGGUUGUGGAAAAUUUGCCCGACAGCCAUGUGGAACCAACGUCACGAACGCUUCCUGGCGGACCAAGGGUACUGCAAUGUGGUGUUCUCACCGGAGCACUACGUGGGCGAGGACUCUGAGAGACGGGAGCUCUCUCGAUCUAGGUCUCCCCACCGGAGGGACCGACAGCCGUGGCGAGUGAAUGAGGUUUCCCCACCCAGGGCUUUCGACGACUCUGCGAGUGAACAGGCUGAGGGCUCGGACGUCUCCUCCUUCAUGAUGACCAGUGGGCGUGGCAACCGCAGGCCUGCUAAAUCCAGGUCGCGUGACAGAGAUCGCCGUGAUGCCCGUGGCGAUGGCCCUGGAGAUUCUACUCGUGACAAUCGUCGUGGCAGCGAGGGUCGUAGAAGGGUUCUGGAACGGCGCCCAGUUCGAAUCACCCCGGGUCCGACUGAUGCACAUGGUGGCGGGCGCAGACGAGAUCCCAGAUAUUCUGCGAGGUCGUUACGAGAGUGCCGACAAAUUCAGAACGGUGGGCCCCUGAUCUCUGAUGCCACCUACCGGAACAUCCUGGUGGAUAUGCGAGCGAGGUCUGAGCAAGAGCGACAUAUCAUGUCCAUUGCAGUGGUCAGCUAUAUCAGGGCACUCAUGGUCGAGCUUGGGGAAGUGUGUCACGAAGCGACCUUGCACAUCGAGACCCUGGACGAUGAUGAGGUCUUGGUUGAGGUUGAUCCUGAGGAUGACACCACCCACCUGAUGCAGCUGGAAAUUGGAGACGUCAUGCACGACAAAGUCAAUGACAGGUGGUCGAGGCAGCUCGUGAGACUUCAAAAGGAGCUCGCUCAGCAAAUAAAAGGGCUUCGUCGAGCACAUGUCGCUGACCUGCUGGGUCGUCUUCGAGGUGCAGUUGGAAUGGGCCUCACGGAAGGUUUUGGGGCGCAGCUUGAGGCCUUGCUGUUGGCGAUGACGGACCCGGAGGUCCACAUUGGUAUGCCUGUGGACUCCAACUGGCUCGGUCCUUGGGCCGAAAGUCUUGGUCAGUUUAUUCCAGGCAUGGAGGCUCCCUUCCAGAUCACCCUCAACGACAGUCUGGAUGAGAACGACCUGGUACGUGCUGCUGAACAGGCUGAGGCCUCUCAGCCUGCCCUGCCAGAUGAGCCUGCCUCCUCGAGCUGGGAAGGCCCGGCUGCAGUGGCGGAAGUGGCCAUGCUCCGGGCGCAGGAGCACUCCGUUUUGCUCCACCAGGCAUCGGUGUAUCGCGACUGGGAGGAUUGGGAAAUGAUGCAAGCUUCGUCUACGCAGCCUGCUGUUCGUGCACGCCAACAGUGUGUGGUUGAGGUUGAGGGCAUCCUGGGCAAAGGAAAAGGUCCGGGCGGGCCCCAAAUGACUCGGAGCUGGCUUCUGGAGGUACCGCCGGAGGGCAACCUGGAGCUGCGCGUUCGGUGCCGCAUGGAACCUGCCGUCGAUCAAGAUGAUGUUCAAACGCAGAUCUUGCCGGACACCAAAAGACGACGGCAAGAACUUGCAGAGCAAGCCGCACGGGGUGACCCUAACCUUCAGUAUACUCAAUAUGCUGAUCUCUACCAACAAUGGCUACAGGGUCGCCUAGGGAGUCGGCAAGUUCAGAACCUGUAUGGUGCCGAAUUGCUGUCCACCUUCGAAGCGCAGUUCGCGAUGUCCACUGACUUCCAGCCGGAUGGUCGUCUACCUGGGCGACCAAACCCUUUGACCCCGCUUGGAGCGCAUGGUUGCUUGGAAGCAUCGCGUUAUGAGCGCAUUUAUGGGCUAUGGAAGGAGGGAUGGCUGGGGGACUCCGAAAUCGUCGAAACCUUGGGGCCCCGUCUCCUUGAGAUGAUGGCCUGCCAGCAGCUUGGAGGAGGCAUGCCGUCCUUCGUCACCAUGGUUGGCUUCGAUGAAAAGGUUGUGGUCGUUGGUAGGCCGGACCUGCUGGAGAUCACGGGCGUGGUGGAGGGUUCGGAUGGCACCUCUCAACCUGUAUUACCUGAUGGGCAUCCUGCGGGAUUACUUGUUCCUGGUGAACCGAUCGCAUCAAACGAGCGGGAAGGGUUGAUGGAGCCUGAUUUGGAAGUCUUCACAGGGUUCAGUGCCGAUGUCGGAGAGACUGGUGGACUGGGUGUGGGAGAGACGGCCUGUGAUGAUGGUAGUGAUGAAGACCGGUGUGGAGAUGGUCGUUCCGAAGAUCGUAUGGAGUCCGAGCAGGGUGAUGACUGA